CCUAUUUUUUAUUUGUUGGUGAUUCAACUCUAUUGCUAAUAAUGAGUUCCGCGAACUGAUUGCAUACAGUGUAGGUCUUAUGCAGCAUAUGUCUUCAAUACGAUUUUUAUUAGCAUUAACAAUUUGGACCAUUCGUUAAAGGAAGGAUCUGAAACACACAACUGACAACACUAUCGAAAAGGUCAAUUCUCUGAUCACUGGUGCCAUGGAAAGGAAUAGAAGAUCUCAUACAGGGGCUCCCGGUGAAUUGUCCAUUAUGGGAGAGAGAAAGAACAUAUUGCGACAUAUAAGGGACAACCGUGUGACGUGCAUUGAAGGAGAGACUGGCUGUGGAAAGAGCACAAAGGUUCCACAAUUUAUUUUGGACUAUCAGCUGAAAAAUGGAAUACCCAAAGAGAAUAUCAAGAUGAUAGUGACACAGCCAAGGCGAGUUGCUGCUGUUUCACUCGCAAAGAGGGUGGCUCAAGAGAGGGACGAGGAAGUCGGGAACACGGUUGGUCACAGGAUAGGAGGUGACAAUGCCUCUUGCGCAUCGACCAAUAUUAUAUAUGCCACUGUUGGAGUUUUGCUGCAGCAACUCAUAAAUCAGCCGCAUACAUAUUCCAACUACAAUUUCAUAAUAUUAGAUGAGGUUCAUGAACGCAGCAUCGACAGUGAUAUGUUGAGUCUUGUCAUCAAAAUCUUAAAGGAUAAACCCGAAAACACCGGAACAAAGAUAAUUAUCAUGUCGGCAACGCUACAAGGGCAGCUUUUCACAAAAUACUUCGGAGAUGAAAGAACAAAGCCGAUUUUUGUUGGAUGCAAGCCUUUUGAUGUCGAAGAAAUCUACUUGGAAGAUUUGGUAGACGCAGAUGGAGGGUUCUUGUAUACACUUGAGUCAAGUCAUGUGAGCGUCGUCUUUCAACAAUGGUUACGAUUUAGUGAACACCACUUAGAGGAUGGAGAAUGUAUGGAUAGAAUUCGAGAGGCGCUGACGAAUCUAGAUGAUGAACUUCGCUCAAAGGUGCGAAGUUUGAUUGAUGAAUCAAAUGAUGAUCAGAGGAAAUUUAAGACACCCACUCCAUACGUAGACAAAACUGUUUAUCCUCUUUGUGCUCAUCUUAUUCAAACUUUGGUUGUAAGAGGAGAAACUAUUCUCGUCUUUGUUCCGGGAAUUGGAGACAUUGAUGAAUUGUGUGAAAUUCUUUCUCCAAUAGAAGAAAAUUAUGAGAAAUGGAGGGAUACAUGUAAUUGUCCUAUCCGGAUCUUUCCAUUGCAUUCGACAAUUCCCAAAGAAGACCAAGACGCAGUUUUUGCUCCUCCGGGAGAAGAUGUUGCUCACGUUGUCAUUGCAACUAACAUUGCUGAGAGCUCCUUAACUUUACCAAAAGUCCGAGUCGUAUUUGACUUUGGCGUUGAGAAACAGAUUAAUUGGGACAAGAGAAAGGGAAUGACCACACUCAAAGAAGGAUGGAUUUCGAAAGCUAGUGCAAAACAGAGGAAAGGUCGCACUGGCCGGGUGUUUGAAGGAAGAGUAAUUAGAAUGUAUCCUAGAUGCUUCUAUGAGAAUUCUAUGGAGGAUCAUGAAGUUCCCGAGAUUUUGUCAUGUUCGUUGGACAAACUCGUGCUCCAGGUUAAACACUUGAGAGAGAAGAUAUCAUGUGACCUUAAACCUACUGAGUUGUUGAAAAAAGCUGUGUCGGUGCCAUCUAUAAAAAACAUAGAUGAUGCUCUUAAAUCUUUGGCUGAUGACGGCGCUCUAUUAGAGGAGGAUGAGUUGUCUCGUUCAACUCUCCUGGGUCACCUUGCCGUGAGACUUCCAAUAGACAUAAGGAUGUCAAAGGUAGUUCUACUGGGAACAUUAUUUGGCUGCCCAUGCGAUGCUGUUAUCAUUGCUGCAUCGCUAUCGGCCAGUAUGGAGCCAUUUACCCUUCCAACACUCAAGAUCAUGAAAGACUCGGAAAAGUUUGCUGAAUCCAUCCGAAAUAGUACCAGUCGACGUUAUCACUAUGACAAUGGCUUGUACAGUGAACCGAUUAUGAUGCGUAACAUGUUCAUAGACUGGUUGCACUGGGUGGAAAAUAACAGAGGUUAUACAGACAAAACAUACAAAUGGACGGACAGAAAACAUCUAACAAGGAGAUUCUGUGGAAAGAAUUUCUUGUCAGACAAACGGCUGAAAGAAUUUGAGUCAUCUGUCAUUGAAAUUGCCAGACGUUUGUUAACUCUGAUCGAUUCAGAAACCAAAGCUGCCAAGCAAUUAGAAUAUCUUAUUCAUCUUCUGAGAAGUAGCCCUAUCACCGACUACACUCCACCACCGAGCGAUAAGAAAGCACAAAGUGGAGAUUUAAAAAAGGCAAAACCAGAAUUAAAUGCAGCGAUUGCCCAUCAACUUGAAACCCUUUCUAUUCAAGCAUCAAAAGAAGAGAACACAGGAGCUAGAUCUAAAUAUUCCAGGCAGACAGAAUCCAAACCAGAAUCUGGAUUGGUAGUUGAUGACUUAAUUGAAAAGGAUGACACAAUCUUGAAAACCAUAAUAGCUGGAGCAUUUACUGCUAACCUUAUGGUUGGAAAUGUUAAGAAAAAAGAGUCCGAGGAAAAGGAUUUGAGUCUGCGCCCUGACAGACGAGCAAAUAGAAAAAGGGAAUGUAAGGACUUAAUGCAACACAUAAAGGAUCAGGCUUAUGACCCAAAAAGAACCAUUGCCAUUGAACAUGAUAUUCCAAAUGUAGAGCAAAAACGUCAGGAUGUCAGAGCAAGUCUGGCUACAAUUCUCGGACAUUCAAGGACGGGAGAAUAUGACCACGCACUAACAGAAAUGGCAAGCAGGCAGUACAUUGUGAUUCAAUUUAAAGAGAACCAGGAACAGAAUCGUAAAUUGAUCCAUGAUGUACCUUGGAAGGCCCAUGCAAUAAACCAAUAUGCAGAAGGUAAUAUGAGGUAUUUUGAUGCCCCUAACAUCGGAGGAAAGGGUCGACAUGCAGCUAUAUUGAAGACUGUAGAGCAGCCAUAUCGUUUGGAAUGGACAUUUAUGAGAGGAAAAGAACCUGCUAAAAUAAUGGCCUGGCGAAAUCCCCUUGGAUUUGCGUGUGAAACUGAAAAGAGAUGUCACAUUGGAUUCCCUGCUCAGAUUAUGAAAACUGAGAAGAAUAAUGCGAGACAGGGUGUUUCCACAACAUACCAGGCCCACAAAACAACCAUCCUGCCAUCAGAGAAACAUGGACUUAUUGCUGCUGUUAUAGUGAUGUGUUUUGUCUCACAAAGACAAGAAGUUAGAGUGCAUGUAUACGAUGAUGACACGUGUCCCAGAAUUGCUGGAAUAUCCCUUGGAAAUGCAUCACUUUCAUUGAGUAACAGCUUAUGUGCGAUGCUAGAUGUCGAAGGAGGAGUGGAGUUCAACCUUCAUGAUUAUUAUUGUAUUAGACCGGAAUUUAUUCACAUCAUUAAUGAAAUAAGAACAGCAAUCUCCAAUGUAUUUGUAAAGAAAAGGUUGACAGAUAACUUUACAAAGAUCCCCCAGAUUGGUGUCGUAGACACUGUGAAAAUGUUGUUGGAUAAAGCCAGACUAUCCACGACAAAGCCGGAAGAUGGUGUUAAGAGGAACAAGAAGGGAGCAGAAAAUCCGAAGCCAGAUAAACAAUGGCCGUUUAACACAAGACAGCCCAGAGAUGAGCUGGAUAGCUCUGAUUCUGAGAGUGACUUCUCUGAAGAAGCUAGUAAUGAGAGCGACUACGAGCAGGAGGACAGCGAUGAUGACGAAAGCAACCUAUUUUAUCUUGAGGAGUUCGAUCUUUCCAAACUAUUUCCAAAACAAAGAACUGGCUUUUUUCACAAAACCUACAAAACCUACAAAACCUAUCAAGCCAUGGAUUAGUUCCCAAUGAUGAAUGGUAUUAGUGCAGGAAAAAGGAAACGUGAUUAGGUGGAGCAACAUUGGCAGUCAUGAUUGACUAUGUACGAUGAAGCUAGAUGUGGAGCAACCCGAACAUCGCAUCCUAUCUGCACCAUGAUGGAACAAUAGUUAUACACACAGUGAUAAUGUC